AUGGAUAACACGAGGGACCGCAGUGCUCAAAACGUUUGCAAUCGAAACGCAACAGAACACUCGAUGAAUAAAGCAGACAAUCCUAUGGUUGAAACGCUCAAAGAUGGUGUAUCUGGGAACACGGUUUCCGUUUCAUCGUCAAAUUUCAAACGAAGUGGAAAUCGUGGGCGGACUUGGCGCAUGAGGAAUGCUUCGAGAGGUUUCUCACGCGGCGCUUUUGGGAAGCAUCGCUUUUUGCCGGUUGGGAAGCAUCCUGACUAUGAGGCGUAUUUGGAGAGGUGCAAACAAGAACGAAUUAAGUUGCUCACAUCGGAGAAAGCAAAAGAAGAAGUGGUGAUGAAUAAUGGAUCGGUAGUUGGUGGAUUUGUUGUGCAUGAAAGUGAUGAUAGAAGCGUUGGAGCACGUAAAGCCUUGCUGAGACUUGUUGGGGACGAAGUCACUCUCGAGGAAGUCGAUUGUUGUGAUAGCGAUGAAGAGAGUCCAUUGACUCCGGCGAAUGAUCAGCAGAAUGAAACAAACAUGAAAGUUGAAGAAGAAUUGCGAACAGACAGCUUGGAUUUUGAAAAGAGCGAUCGAUUUCGAGAUGUGACGGUCGAGAAUGGUUCGAAUCAGGACGAUCCUUUAUGGGCCGAUGAAGGGGAUUGGCCGGACUUGUCAGGUGAAGUAGAUGAGGAGGCCGUUAGAAGAGCGGCAAAUCAACCGCUAACCGUCGAAUAUAACACUACGCAAGUAGCACCAGAGCUUAUGUCCAUGAACAGUGAGGAAAGUCAGAGUUCGCGUGCAAGUUCGAGAUGUGCAAAUCGAAUGGAACCAUCUGCGAAUGGUCAUGCAACAAAACUGCUAAGCGAUUAUGAGAAACAAGAAGAACGACAUUCAGAUGGUAGACAAUCGCUAUUCAUUCCGGAAAUUUUCACUCAUGACUCAUUUAAGCAAUUGUUCAAAUAUCCGGUCAAAUCAACAGUGGCAUUAUUCACAUCAGUGGCAAGCGUUUGGUGUUGGAAUGUUCAAAAAAUGAGUAUUGAAGCAGUCGGUAGCAGAAUCAAAGAAACAAUUGACUUAUGGAAUUCCGAAGCACUCGGCAGUGGUGGCAGUUUCGAAGCCAGUUCAGUGAAGGCAGAACGCGCUUCAUCUCUUCGGAUAUCAUCACAUCGCGCUUCAACUGCAUCACCAUCUCACCGAUCCAGAAGCCAUCAUUUCAAAAACAAAGAUGCGGAAGCACGUAAACACAAAAGCGAGACUGAGAACAGCGGUCGACUUGAUCGGCGGCAAAUGCAGUCUUCAACGCAUCAGAAAUUGUUGAAAGCGUCUUCAUCAGACCUAUUAGGACGCCAUGAAACUCACUCAGGAGAGCACCAGUCAUAUUCGGGGAAGCGACGUCGUCGCCGAAAACCACAUCGCGAUCAGCUUCGAAAACAAGAAUCCAGCAAAUGUGAAUCUCGUCACUCAUCAGAAAAGGAUCAACAUGCUCAAACUGAAGUCAUUAACAAGGAUGUUUUAACUCAGAAUUUUGACAAAGAUGCUGUAACAAAUCAAAAGAAGCAUAACAGUGUCAAUCAUCCUCUUUUAUCGACUCCUAUUUCUCCACCUCAAAUUCCAGUCAGACAUCGUCAUAUUGCUAAAUCCUCAUCUAAUUUUGACCAGAGGAUGGCCGUUCGUGAGCCCUUUGCGACAAAGAAAAGGAAAGAACCUGAUAGCUGCAAACUAGCUCAGGUCACACGGUCACUUGACUGUGUGGAUAAUGACAAUGAAGGGUUCUCUAAUAAAGUUGCGAAUAAGCAAAAUCAACUCACGAGUUAUGAAAACAAACAAUGGACAAUAAAGGAAGUGAAUGAAAAAUCAAAACAGUCGCCAAAUUAUCAAAGAAAUCAGCGAUAUGACAAGGCUUUCAGAGACCGAAAGCUGAAAUCCACAGUUCAUGAGAACGAUCAUCCCGAAUUGUGCAAAAAUGUGUACAACUCACCAAAAUCUACCGCUUCGUUUGAUGAAAGAACUUCUCCACUUCGUCGGUUCACAUCUGAAGCAACAAAAAAACAUCAGAGACCCUUGCCUAAAUCGUCGGAAUUCUGCUGUCGAGCCCCGUUUAUAUCAUCUCAAUCUCUUCAAGGAUCUCCACGUAAACCAUCAGAAUUCCCUCAAAAACCUCCAUCCAGGGCAUCAGAAACUUUCCAGCCAUCUUCAUCGAGACCUUCAGAAGCCCUGAAACAACCCAUGGUUGAAUCGGCGAGAAUCUUACAGCGACCUCUUCUUGGAGCACCUAGUACCACAUACCGUCGUUCACCUGGAUCAACAAGAACUGCUCAGAAACCCUUAUCUGAACCAGUGAAAACCGAACCAACAAGGAUUACUGAACGACUGCUACCAGAAGGAGGAUCUACUCUUGCCCCAAUUAAAACUAACAGCCUGAUUGAAUCAAUCCAGCAAAACUCUUCAUCUGCAUUGAUCCCCUCGCUGGGAUCAGUACGACCCAAUAGAGUGCGCACCACGAUUCCACCAAAACUUAAUGUGAAAUUCAACAGUAAUAUCACCCUCCACAAAAGCUCUGCAACUCAGCUUCCCAAAUGCGAGGAAAUUGAACCAUCCCGUACCCAGCCAUCUCCAUUAUCAAUGACUAUGAAUCAAUCCUGUCGAGGUGACUCGCAUACUAUUCGGAAUCAGUUGCACCCUGUAAUUGGUAUGGCUAUGAAUAGUCGACUACACGAUGCUUUAUCGUCGUUAUCAGCUCCUCGUGCGCCAAUAACUAACCGUAAGGUUGUUCGGACUGAGAAUUCGAAUAAUGAGAUGGGAAAACAAACUGGCAGUGCGGAUAAUGAUACAUCUAUGGUAAUUUCAUUAAGUAGACCAACGAAAUCAAUUCAAUAUAAUGAGGAAGUUGUUUUAACAAAGAAGCCGAGGUGGAUGUUGACGAGUGAUAGCUCAGCGACACUAACAAGCACUCAUACAGCAGCAGUUUCGUCAACGUUCGGAAACAAUAUUCAGCUUGCAUCUACUUCUUUAACAACUUCGACCACAAUCCAGCAACCGUCUACAAUCCCUCGGACCGCCGAUAAAGGUAGUGAGAUCGCUGUUCCAGCUGCUCGUGGAAAUGAAACGCACCUCUCAAAUAUUACUUCAAAACGAAUCAAACUACGUCUGCCUAGUUUAUCUUCCUCCUGA